UUUUACAUAACCUAGAAGUUUAGGAAGUAAGACUAUGUAUUAAUUAAUAUAAUUUAAAAUAAUUAAAAAUAAUUAUGACGCUAUUAAAUUUAUUUCGAACAGGCUCGUUAUCAAGAGUUGCUAAGAAGGCAACUACUCUACAAAUUGAGAAUUUUUCUUCACAUGUUAAAUAUGCCGAACACAAGGCAUUGGAAAAAAUUAGAAACAUUGGGAUAUCAGCACAUAUUGACUCCGGCAAAACCACCUUAACAGAAAGAAUAUUGUUCUACACGGGCAGAAUAGACCAAAUGCAUGAGGUGAAAGGUAAAGACAAUGUUGGCGCUGUAAUGGAUUCAAUGGAGUUGGAAAGACAGAGAGGCAUUACCAUACAAUCAGCUGCCACAUACACAAUAUGGAAGGACCACAAUAUCAAUAUCAUCGAUACACCGGGCCAUGUUGACUUUACCGUUGAAGUAGAGAGAGCAUUAAGAGUAUUAGAUGGAGCCAUAUUAGUACUUUGUGCUGUUGGCGGUGUUCAGAGUCAAACACUGACAGUGAACAGGCAAAUGAAGAGAUACAAUGUACCUUGUUUAGCUUUUAUUAAUAAAUUGGAUAGGAUGGGCUCAAAUCCGGACAGAGUGUUAAAACAGAUGCGUUCCAAAAUGCAUCACAAUGCAGCAUUCAUCCACUUGCCUAUAGGAUUAGAGAAAGAAUGUAAGGGAAUAUUAGAUCUCAUUGAAGAGAAGGCUAUGUACUUUGAUGGCGAUUAUGGUGAAGUUGUUCGGCUAGAUGAAAUACGUCAAGACAGACGAACGGAGGUGAAAGAAAGGAGACAUGAGCUUAUUGAACAUUUAUCCAAUGUUGAUGAAACUUUAGGUGAAUUAUUCUUAGAAGAAAAAACACCAACAGUCACUGAAAUUAAGCAAGCCAUUCGCCGUGUCACAUUAAAAAGAACUUUUACACCAGUCCUACUGGGAACUGCGUUAAAAAACAAAGGUGUACAACCUUUACUCGAUGCAGUAUUAGAUUACUUACCUCAUCCAGGAGAAGUUGAGAAUACAGCUAUUAUUAAUGAAACAAAAGGGUCGGAGGGUCAAACAAUCGUCUUAGAUCCGGCUCGAAAUGGAUCGAAACCCUUUGUAGGAUUAGCAUUCAAGUUAGAAGUCAGUAAGUUUGGUCAACUUACAUAUUUGAGAUGUUACCAAGGAAUGUUACACAGAGGAGAUAAUAUAUUCAAUGCCAGGACAGGUAAAAAGGUAAAAAUAUCUCGUCUAGUGCGAAUGCACUCAAAUAAUAUGGAGGAAGUAAAUGAAGUACUAUCAGGCGAUAUUUUCGCAUUGUUUGGCGUGGAUUGUGCUUCUGGAGACACUUUUGUCAACGACUCCAAACUGCAACUAUCAAUGGAGUCAAUACAUGUACCAGAUCCAGUUGUCUCUAUGUCCAUCAAACCAAAGAAUAAUAAGGAUAGGGAUAACUUCUCUAAGGCUGUUGCGAGGUUCACAAAAGAGGAUCCAACAUUCCAUUUCCGCUACGACAGCGACAACAAGGAGACCGUAGUAUCUGGUAUGGGAGAGCUGCAUCUUGAAAUAUACGCUCAAAGAAUGGAGAGAGAGUACAAUUGUCCCGUUGAGUUGGGCAAACCGAAGGUUGCAUUUAGAGAAACCCUCAUGUCUCCGUGUACGUUCGACUAUCUACACAAGAAGCAGUCCGGGGGUGCGGGACAGUAUGCACGUGUCAUUGGAAUCUUAGAGCCUCUACCACCACACCAAAACACUGUCCUGGAAUUCAUCGAUGAGACAAUAGGAACAAAUGUACCAAAGCAGUUCGUACCCGGUGUUGAAAGAGGUUUCUUAGACACUUGUCAGAAAGGCUACCUAUCUGGACAUAAGAUAUCUGGUGUCAAGUUCCGGUUGCAAGAUGGUGCCCAUCAUAUUGUGGAUUCCAGUGAAUUGGCAUUUUUCUUAGCUGCCAAGGGGGCAGUUAAAGAAGUUUUCGAAGACGGUGCAUGGCAGAUCUUAGAACCUAUAAUGUACGUAGAAGUGACAAUGCCAGAUGAGUUCCACGGUACUGUGAUAGGACAAUUAAAUAAGAGGGGAGGUAUCGUGACCGGCACGGAGGGAGCUGAGGGUUGGACCACUAUAUGCGCUGAAGUACCUUUGAAUAAUAUGUUUGGAUAUGCCGGGGAAUUGAGAUCAAUGACUCAAGGUAAGGGUGAAUUCAGCAUGGAAUACAGUCGGUACUCGCCUUGUCUCCCCGACGUUCAAGAGCAGUUGAUACGUAAAUACCAAGAGGAAAUGGGAUUAUUGCCAGAUCAGAAAAAGAAGAAAAAUUAGCCGCCUAGACAAUUGUUAGAAUAAUUUAUUAUUGUAAGUGAUAUAUUUAAUUAUACG